CCACCGACGUCGACCAUCCACUUCUAGUGGUAAGGGAAGCCCGAUAUAAAAAGCCGUCGGGGCCGUGGACCACCAUCAGUAGUGCAUCCUCCUCUUGCCUCUUCUAUACACUCCAUCUGCACAUCCAACAAGCAGAGACACUUGAGACAGAGGGACUGUGAUCCAGCAGAAGCCAUGAAAUACGCUCCUCUCAUCCUCGCGCUGUGCGUGGCCACAGCUUUGGCGCAGAAAGGCUACGAUUACCCGAAACCAAACCAGGGCUUCAACACUGGCAACAAGCAGACAACCGGCGGCCAACGGCCACAAAACAACGUCCAGAGGCCGCAGAACACUGGCUCAUCCUUCACCAGCAACGAUGCUCCUCAACAAGGUUCUAGGCCUCAACAGGCCUCCAGGCCUCAGCAGGGUGGAUACCAGCAGGGUGGUCGUCCUUCGAACCAAGUCAGUCGCCCUCAGAACCAGUUCGGCAACAACAACCAGGGAUUCAACUCAAACCAGAACGCUCAGAACACCGGAUACAAGUAUCCGACUCCUGGAAGCGCUGCCCCUACUACUGGAUUCACCGCGAGCGAUGAUUUCAACUCGGACACGACCACCAAUAUUCCCUUCGGAACAACCUUCAGCCAGGGAUCAGUUGGCGGAUCUCAGCAAUCCAGCAGCUUCGGCGCCAUCAACGUUCCCUCUGGACCUUCCAGCAUCAGUGCUGGCUCCUUCUCCAGCACCGGACCGUCUGGAUCCAACACUGGAAGCUUUAUCUCUGGGCCAUCCUCAAGUGGAUCAUCUGGAAGCCGUCCUGUUCCCGCCGCUGGCCAAUCGUCUUUCGGUGGUUCUAACAACAACUUUGGCUCUCCUCAGGGUGGAUCUAGCAGCGUCGGACCUUCAUCCGGUGGUUCAAACAACUUUGGCUCUUCCCAGGGUGGAUCUAGCAGCUUUGGACCUUCAUCCGGUGGUUCAAACAACUUUGGAUCCUCCACCGGCGGCUCCAGCAACUUUGGACCUUCCUCUGGUGGCUCUAACAACUUUGGAUCCUCUGCUGGUGGAGCUUCUUCCUCUGGUGGCAACGAUGAUGGCAGCUACGACGGUGGCGACUACUCGGCGAUCCCAGGCACUCCCGACACCGAUUACCCCAUCCUGACCUCAAUCCCUACCACUUCCUUCAAGUGCUCUGACCAACAGUGGCCUGGAUACUACGCUGAUGUCGAAACCCGUUGCCAGGUUUUCCAUGUCUGCUCUAACAACCGCACCUUCGACUUCCUCUGCCCCAACGGAACCAUCUUCCAUCAAGGUUACCUCGUGUGCGUCUGGUGGUCAGACUUCGACUGCAGCACCGCUCCCAGCCUGUUUGAAAACAACGCUAACAUCUACGACUACUCUCAGGACGGAAGCCAGUCUGCUAACCAGAACCAAGGAUCUUCUCAGUCUGGAGGUAACCAAGGUGGUUUCAGCCAGUCCGGCCCUAGCCAGGGAAGCUUCAGCCAAUCCGGCCCUAGCCAGGGAAGCUUCAGCCAAUCCGGCCCCAGCCAAGGACCUUCUUCGCAGACCGGUCCCAGCCAGGGAGGAUUCAGCCAGACCGGGCCCAGCCAAGGUGGUUUCAGCCAGACCGGCCCUAGCCAGGGAAGCUUCAGCCAGACCGGUCCUAGCCAGGGACCUUCUUCGCAGACUGGACCCAGCCAGGGCAGCUUCGGCCAGACCGGCCCCAGCCAGAGUGGAUUUGGACAGUCCAACAACUCCGGCCAAGGAACCAGACCAAACCAGGUUUCCAACCAGGGCUACAACCAAGGCGACGACCCCGUAACUCCCCCCAACCGCGAAUAUCUGCCACCUUACUAAAAAGCGGGAGAACUCGAGGGCCGCGGGAACAUCGCCAAUUUAAUAUUAAUUCCCGCCUUUCGUCCGCAUAUUUGACUGAGCCAUUAUCCGUCUGAAGCUCAACUAACACACAAAAUGAAAGUUACCAAUAUUUGUGAUUUUGAAUAGUUACCAUUUUUUACAAUGAUGUUACCUUAAAAUUAGAGGCAUAAUUUAGAGCUAGGAUCCUAAUCAAAAACUCAACCACCAUUCAGGCGUUUGUAGAUUUUUUACUUUGCGAUCAUGCAACUGUACAGAAAAUAUUUUGCUUCUUAAUUUAUAAAAAUAAUUUGUACUUUUUGUAUUUUGUCCAGCGGAGCUUCAAUUUGCUGUGCUUGUAAAUCAAAUACAACAAUAAAGUAUUGCAUAAACAUGAAA